AUAAGGCUCGGCUGCCACUGGGCCUGCGCCGAGCUCCGCCGCCGUCGACCACGCACGCAGUGUCGGUCCGCUCUGCUGUCCGCGCAGCAACCAUGCCGCCCUACACCAUUGUCUACUUCCCGGUUCGAGGGCGAUGCGAGGCCAUGCGCAUGCUGCUGGCUGACCAGGGCCAGAGCUGGAAGGAGGAGGUGGUGACUCCGGAUGCCUGGCAGCAGGGCUCUCUCAAGGCCUCCUGUGUGUAUGGGCAGCUGCCCAAGUUCCAGGAUGGGGACCUCAACCUGUACCAGUCCAAUGCCAUCUUGCGUCACUUGGGCCGCUCCUUGGGGCUCUAUGGGAAGGACCAGCGGGAGGCAGCCUUAGUGGACAUGGUGAAUGAUGGCGUGGAGGAUCUUCGCUGCAAAUAUAUCACCCUCAUCUACACCAACUACGAGGCAGGCAAGGAGAACUACGUGAAGGCACUGCCCGGCCACCUGAAGCCUUUUGAGAACCUACUGUCCCAGAACCAGGGAGGCAAGGCCUUCAUCAUUGGGGACCAGAUCUCCUUUGCCGACUACAACCUGCUGGACUUGCUGCUGAUCCACCAGGUGCUGGCUCCCAGCUGCCUGGACGCCUUCCCCCUGCUCUCGGCCUACGUGGCGCGCCUGAGUGCCCGGCCCAAGCUCAAGGCUUUCCUGGCCUCCCCGGAUCACGUCAACCGCACCAUCAAUGGCAAUGGCAAGCAGUGAGGGCUGCCAGGCCCUCCCAGAGGCGGGCUGCUUGCUCCCUUUACUUGAGACCAAUAAAAUUUCCAAGACAGAU